CUCCCUCUCUCCCUCCCUCUCUCCCAGCACGAUCUCUGGACCAGCCCGUGCUGGAACGGGUGACGUCACCGUGUUUACAUGGGGCUCGUGGCAUGGUUCUGCCAUCAGGAAUGUGGAGAAUGGGGCCCGCGUUGAAUCAUGCACGGUGCUGUCAGCUCCCUUGUGCUGCCUGUGAGCUGAGGAGAGAAUUGGCUGCGUUUGUGCUGAGUUCAGGCCUUUUGAGCUCUGGGGAAAUAUGUUGAGGCUGCAUUUUCUUCAUUGCAGUCAUCGCGUUUGACACUUUUCAGCGUGAUCUUUCUUCAGGAAGCUAUCGACAGUGAGCAGUCGGCAGUCUGGAGAGUUAGGCCAAGUAUGGUCUCUGUCUUGGUGCCAGUUCUCUGGGUGUCCUCUCUGUAAAGCUGCCAAACAGCUCUGUCUCUGAUCCUUCAAAUGGGACCCAGACAGUAGCCAACUAGUCUCUGGGUUGUUCUUCCCAUUCUGCUGACUUAUGUGUUGCUGUGUCUCAUUUUGAUCCCCUCAGGAAGGGGGACGAGGAGAGGUAGGAUCACCAGGUGCUUUGGGGGAUGGUCCUGUUACAGCUUCGAAGGUUGUUGUGGGAGGCUUCUGCCUGAGGAUGUUGGACUCCUCUGGGUAAAAAUGCUUGACUCUUUAAAGUUCAAGAGAAGUUAAAUUGCUGUUGUCAGGGUCUGGGGCCAGCCUCUUCUCUUGCCUGCUGAUAGCUCUCUCACCCCUGUCUCUCAGCUUUGGCAGAAGUCAUGGUGAAAGGCAGGGAUGAGUCGGUGCCUUCACAGCAUCUGGACAGCGUGAGCAGCCCUGCUGGUUCCUGAGCCCACCCCAAGGAGCUCUCUUCCCAGUGCAGUGCCUGAUGCAGCACAUUUGUUGCCUUGUUUUGUUUCAGCUCUGCUGUAACAAAGGAAGUUGAAUGCUUGCCAGGCAGCUGGAAAUUCUUUAGUGCCACAAGGCAAACAAAUUUCUCUGGUCCCUCUGACUGUACCUGCUCUUGGUUCCCUGCACUCACCACAGAACAGUGGAGAGAGGUGCUGCCGGGCUGAUGUCACUGGUGUCCCCAGCUAUUCCCUUCCUUCUCCCCUUUUCCCAGGAGCCAUGUUGUUUGCCCGGUAGGAGCAGAGGAAAGAAAUACAACAGUAUGGAAGAGUGAAGGCUUGAUUUUAUGAAGCAGUUGCUUAUGUGCUUCACUGCAGCUACCUUCCUUGGAUGGCAAAGUGACCCUUUCUGUGCAGCCAGCACUGUCAGGUUGUAGCAGGCAUCUCAUUGGAAGGAGCAUUGUCCUCUGGGUAUAAAUAGCCUGGCUCCUGGCAGGCUGGAGGCUUUGGGGACGUCUCUGCUGGUGUCCUGGGGAAUGCUGACCCCGUUCACCUCUAAUAGGUGGUGGAUGCAUUGCGGGGAGCCUGCACCACCGCUGCUAGAAGAGUGUAGAUUUGUAUUUGCUGAGUUGUGCAUCUGAUUCUUGGCUGUAACUGUACAUCAGUGCCUCUUGUAUUUAGCAAAGCAGCAGCAAACUAAAUUGUUGUUGACUGGCACUGAAGAGACGAAAGGUACAGAGGUGUUUGUGGACUGUACUUGCGUGGGAAUGCUUGCCUUGCUAAGGAGCUGUGUGGUUCCUGGCUGUUCAAGGUGCAGCAGUGUCUGUUGGGCAGUAUCUGAGCAGAUUAAUUCACUGGGCAGUGUAGCAGCACUCUGAACUAAAGCCUGAGGGGAGGAGGUACACAGGGAUGGAAACAGGAGUUUGGGUAUGAGUCACUGUAAAACCAGGCCUGGGAAUUGCUCUUAACCAGUUCUGAGGUCCUGUCUUCUGUGGCAGUGAGGGUGUCCACUCUCCUCUGGUUCUCUUCUCUGUUUUCUUAUGACAUACCUUUGCUCUGAAGAUAAGGGAGGGAGAAGGUGGUUCUGGGCCCUGGCACUGCCAGGUACCAGGCAGGACUUUGUGACAGAAAAGACCUACAGCUGGGCUCAGCUUUGUGUGACCGGGAGGGGUGACGGCUGCUGAGGCAUCAACCCAUUUGUGAUGGGAUUCCAGCAUGCCCAAAUGCUUCCUUGUGCUGCAGUAUCGGGUUGUUCUGUUCCUUGGGAAAGGUUGGAUGCAGAACCUUGACUUGAACCUGGAUGUGCUGGCUUUCCUGGGAAGCAGAAAAAGUUUGGAGAGGCGUGAGCACAGCAGUAGUGUUCUCCCAUCCUGCAGGCUGCCCAGUGAGGCAUGUUGUGGAGGCAGAGGCUUCACCUGCACUCCUUGCCCAGGGUCGCCUGUUCUUGAGCUGUACUGGUUGCCUAGGAUGUGGUAGGACUCUUGUCCUGGGGAGUUUCUGGGCUGUGCUUGGGCACCUGUUGGAAGGGUGUGUCGGAGAGACAGGCUGCCUUGCUCUGCUUGGGAGUGACAAGGAUGAGGCUGGGAGCAAGAGGCGCAGAGUGCCAGCAUGCUGAGUCAGCAUGACUGGCCUGGAGCAGCCAUGCUCUGGACCCAGCCUUCUGCCUGCCAGGCUAUUUUUGAAAAUGUGGCUUCCGUGUAUUCUGACUCCUCCUAGUUUUUUUAAUUUCCCCCACCCCAAGUAAAAAAAACCCAAACAACCCAGCAUUGCCACAAAGUGUCUGUGGGAGCAGAGGUGUGGAAGGGCAGCAGUUUCUGUGCAGGGACAGAAUCUGCUGCUUAACCUGAUUGACAAGGCUGUCGUGUUAUGACGACCCCCAACAAAGGAAACAAGGCCUUGAAGGUGAAGCGGGAGCCAGGUGAGAAUGGGACCAGCUUGACAGAUGAGGAGCUGGUGACCAUGUCUGUGCGGGAGCUGAACCAGCAUCUACGGGGCCUGUCGAAGGAGGAGAUCAUCCAGCUGAAGCAGCGUCGGCGCACAUUGAAGAACCGGGGCUACGCAGCCAGCUGCAGAGUCAAGCGUGUUACCCAGAAAGAGGAACUGGAGAAGCAGAAGGCAGAGCUGCAGCAAGAGGUGGAGAAGCUGGCCUCUGAGAAUGCCAGCAUGAAAAUGGAACUCGAUGCUCUCCGCUCCAAAUAUGAGGCUCUCCAGAACUUCGCCAGAACCGUGGCCCGGAGCCCUGUGACCCCGGCACGGGGGCCUCUCACCUCCAGUAUGGGGCCCCUCAUCCCUGGCAAGGUGUGCCUCUGUGCCCUAGCAGUGGGUUUCCUUCAGACGUCCGUUGUGUUAGCUGUGUAAACUAGCGGUGGUGGAAAGGAAGAUGCUGUUGUGCCCUGUUGCCUCUGCCCCAGCGAUGAGGAAGGAGCCAGGACAGGGCCCUUGCAGGGGCCCAGCACCCCAGGGGAGGGGGGGAAGGUACCGUGUUGACUGCAGGCCGGUUUUGUGCCUAAUGUGUUGCACCGAACAAGACCAAAAUCACUAGUUGUUCCCGUGUUUUGAGGGUAUCAAGUGUCUCUAGUGUGAUGGUUUACACAACCAGUUUAUGUGGUUAAAUAGCCCUUUAUUUAAAGAGAGAAACAUCAUUUUAAGAGUUAUUAAAUUAUCUAAGUUUAAAAUUAAAAUCGGACAGAAGAGAGAGCGUAUUUAUAAUCAGCUUUUUUAUCUGAGAGGGCGAGAAUAUUUGACCAUACAAAUGGGGAAAUAUUCUCGGAGACUUUGCUAGUUAAAAGUUAAUAAAUAAAUAAUUUUAAAGUUUCUCAUGAACCUCCCGCAAACUGUUUGUGGCUCUGAGGUUAGUUUUUAUAAAGAGUUACCAGACUUUAUUUAUAAAACUUAGAAAAAGACAAAAAAAGAGGCAAGUCCUGUUUGAUAUCUUUUUGCAAUUGUACCAAAAGUGACUUAUUCUUGA